AUUGUAUAUAACAUAGGGGGCUUUAAAGGUCCAACAACAUCAUCAACAUUCAAAAUAAUCAUGGCUUCACUGCUUUCGAACUUACGAUGUGGCCUUCAGAAAGAACUGGGGUCAUCUGUAACCUUUUCAAGGUUGAAAUACCUCUCGGCUCGGUGUGCUACUCUCCACACAGCAUCAGUCUUGAAACAGUCUACUCCUGAAACCACGUCUGAUGAUACAGCUCAGAGAGCAUCAUUAACAGUCACUGACAGAUGUGCUGAGAGAUUAAAGAAAGUAUCCAACAGUGAGAAGCCAUACCUGAGGCUUAUGGUGGAAGGUGGAGGGUGCUCUGGAUUCCAAUACAAGUUUGACUUGGAUGCGACAAUUCAGGAAGAUGACAGAGUUUUCGAGAAAAAUGGUGCCAAAGUUUUAGUGGAUGAAGACUCAUUUGAAAUGGUGAAAGGUUCAACUAUCGACUUCGAGGAAGAACUGAUCAGGUCAGCCUUCCAAGUGGUGAAUAAUCCUCAUGCGGAGGAGGGAUGCUCUUGUGGCGUCUCAUUCUCUCUCAAGUGACGCACGGGAAUAUGAAUUCUUAUUAUGCCCUUAUUACUUUGAAUGUAAUGGAGACAAAUGAGGAAGAGUUUGGAAAUGGGAGAGAUACUGCGUUUUCCUGUUGAGUGAUCAGGGAAGAUUUCUGAAAAUGUUUGAAUUGAAGACUUAUUGUACAUAAACUAUGUUAGACAAAUAAAGUAUGGUAUGGCCUAGUUCUGGUUAUAUGAUUA